AUGCUUGCGACACAAUGUUAUCCAAUUGGUGCUCGACAUGUAUUUCCAUGUUUCGAUAACCCAUCAUUUAAGGCAACUUUUAACAUUUCUAUAAAGCAUUCUGAUCAUUAUAUGGUACUGUCGAAUAUGCCAGUACGAAAUACAAGUAGAGUUAGUAAUACCAUGGAAUGGACACACUUCCAUCAAACUCCCGUAAUGUCCACUUAUCUUGUGGCGAUCAUGCUGACCCAAUUUCCUAGGACUUCUGUCAAAGAAAUAAAAUUUAUACAUCGUACACUACAAUCGGCACUCGAUACAGAAUUUGCACAAAAAGUUAUUCAGAAUAUAAGUUUAUAUUUCGAAUCUGAAUGGCUAUGUUUCCAAAAGCUUCCAAAAGUGGACCAUGUUGUAAUACCAAAUUUCCUACGCAAUGGUGUGGAAUAUUGGGGACUUAUUUAUUAUAGGGAAUCAGCUAUUAUCUGUAAUGAAGAAUUCGAAUCUGUUGGACGCAAAGUAGACGUCGCGCGUCUAAUAGCACAAAAAAUAGCAUAUCAAUGGUAUGGUAAUCUCAUUAGCCCUCUUUGGUGGUCUGAUGCGUGGCUGUAUGAAGGUCUGACAACGAUACUUGCAGCAGAUGCUAUUAAUAAAGUUGACCUCUAUAUACAGUUAUAUUUAUAUAAAAAUUAUUUACUGGAUAGCUUUGAUGUAGAGGAUAUGAUGGAUAGUUGGAUUUAUUCAUCAAAACGUCCUGUGUUAAAAAUGACAAAGAAUGAUUCUAAAUCAGUGGUGAUUUCGGUGGAAGAUAAUUAUUUGCGGCAUGAAACAAAGCCAUGGAUACCUGUUACACGAGUUACAUUGAAACACGAUUUUGAAAUGUAUAGGGAUCCUGAUGUCAUAUGGCUAAAGCCAACCAAUGAUCGCACUAAAUCAUAUACUAAUUAUAUAAUCGAUAGCAAUUUUCAUUGGAUAAUACUCAAUGUAGAACAAGCUGGAUAUUAUCGCGUUAAUUAUGAAACUGACAAUUGGCGAAACAUUGCAAAUUACUUGAAUGAUAUCAAUAAUUAUACAAAUAUACAUGUUCUCAAUCGUGCUCAACUUAUUGAUGAUGCUUUUUAUUUUCUUAAUAUUGGACAACUUCAAUUGUCCGUAUUUCUUAAUCUUGCGGAAUAUCUACAAAUUAUUUCAAGCAAAUCUCAAAAAAUAUAAUAUACAGGGUGUUUAACAAGUAAUGAAAAUAUAAAAUAUGCUUUGAUCAAACUCCUUCAUAAGAUUGGGUUUCAAGAAAAUAUUGUGGAUGACGACCUUACUAAAUCUUUAAGACAAGAAGCUGCAAGAUGGUUAUGUACUUUCAACGUAAUGCAUUGUAUACGUAAUGCCUAUCUUAUGUUGAAAUAUCAUCUUGAAAAUCUUCAUUCGCACAAAAUUUCACCAUGGUGGAAAAAAUGGGUAUUUUGUAACGGUCUUUCGUUCUCUGACUCUAAUGACGAAGCUUGGUUGUUUAUGUUGAAAGAAUGGAAAGAUUCUAAUGAUACGACAAUAAUGAAAUAUGUAUCUUGCAGUAGAUCUGCUUAUGCUAUGUACAAUUAUAUUAACCUAACAAAUAAUGCAUCAGAAAAUUGUAAUUCUGGAAAUCAAUGUGAGGAUGCAAAUAUGCUAACCAGAAAACGUGUUAAUCGUUUCUUGUACGUUGUUGCAAAAAACGCAAAAGAAAAUGUAAUAUUUGAUUACAUAAAAGAUAAUUAUGACAAAAUAAAACCAAGGGAAGUUAGUACAGUUGCAACAUUUAUUAUUAUGAUUAACCACAUAUAUUCUUCGUUUAAACUUGAUGAGGUAAAUUAUAAUUUUAUCUAUUUAUUAUUAUUUAUAUCAAACCUUAAAAUAAUCUGUUUCAGUGCUGCAAUAGAAGGUGCACUACAUGCUGCAUCACCAUUAGGUGACAGACUUUUAACCGCAAGUGGCUCGAAAGAAGAGAGUAAGACGCAGAAUGUGCUUAGUGCUUACACAAUUGCCGAUCCAGCCGUAAGAAAGAAACAUUGGACUGACUAG